AGCCCACGUCCUGACGUUUACCGAAAUGACCACAUUGACCUUACCGUUUAACUUGUAUACUAACUCGACAACGUUUAUUUCUGACAUAAUUCUUUUCCACUAACACAAGCUGAUCAAUUUUCCCGGCUUCGAAGGAAGACGACGGGAAAAUCAUUAAAGAAUGCCUUCAACUUCAAAUUCAAAGCUGCCAUAGCAAGGAACCAAAAAGAAUCAGUACAAUGAAGCACUUUGAAGAGAAUGACUAUGGACAAAGAAAAGAAGAUGGGUUGAAGUUAAGUACAGAGGAAGAUGGUGAUGAUGAGAGUGAUUGCUUAGUAGAGAUACUCGACUGUAUUAACCUGUACAAGAGAGAUCCAACCAAACAAGAGGUCUCUUGGGAGAAGUAUGGUCAAUGGAGGCAAGAGCAAAAGAGCAGAGCUGCAAGACUAGAAAAGCAGUUAAAGGCAAGGUGGGAACUUGAGGAACUUAUAGAUGAGCAACUCAAUAGCUUCCAUUCCCAUUACAACCGAGCCAUGGUCCCGAAUCGACUCAAGGACAUCUCCCAAAUCCUCAUGCCCAAAUGGGCUCCAACAUAUGAACUGGCUGCUAUGUCAUGGCUAGGAGAUUGGAGACCCUCUUCCAUUUUAGACCUUGUACUUGUUCUUGUCCGUUCAUCAACAUCUUUACAACCAUCAUCAUCGUCUCCAUCACCAUCAGCAACCUCAUUCUGUGGUUCUGAUUCUCCUGGUGCUGAAAAACUCUUGUCACAACUCAUUAAUGACAUUCGAAUUGAAGAGACCAUAAUCGAUGAAGAGAUGGCUGAGAUUCAAGCCACUUGUAUUCUUCACCUUCCCUUUGGUCCAAUGAACAUUAAACCAGGUGGUGAUGGUAGUGCCUUGACUUGUGUUCAAUCUGUGUUCAAGAAUAUUGAACGUGUUAUCAUCAAAGCCCAAAAACUCAGGUUCAAGGCAUUAGAGUUGGUACUAAAGAAGGUAUUGAGUCCCAUUGAUGCAGCUGAGUUCUUAGUAGCAUUUGAGGAAAUUCAAGAUAUGAUUCACCAGUUUGCACUGAACCAUAGGCUGCCUCUCAAGGCCUCUUGAUCAUGAGACCAAGCCAAAGUCAUCUCUUACCUAAUUGAAUUAUCAGAAAUCUAGAAGAAGGAACAACAUUGUGUUGUUCUAAUAGUUAUGUGAUAAAAAAAGGGUAUUUUUUGUAACUGAUUUAUGAUGUUUUCCUUAAAAAAAAAGUGAAAUCUGUUCUUUGGAUUGUAAUGAAUAUCACAUUAUCUAGUGAUUAAUUCUUUGCUAAUAUUAUUAGAUGGAAAUAGUCAAGUGCAUACAAUUUUACCGU